AUGUCGGAAAGUUAUCUGCAUUUAAUGAGGGUGAACAUACGUCCGUAUGCCUACAUCAAGGAUGUGAUAUCCGGAUGCUGGCGCAAUAUUCAGGACGGCAUUAGAGACAAGGGGACCAUCGUUUACGGAUUCAAAGUUAUCGGCGAGAAUUGCCUUGUUUUCAAUGGAGGCAUCGAAGAAGCCCUAGAGUCAAUGAACUCUGCAUAUGGUGAACAGAUUGAAGUAUCUUGCCAACCACUUCGCUCCUAUGAAACUUUUGCAGAACACGUCCUCGGAGUUGAGAAGACCAUUGCUCUCCCUUCAACUUCCAAACUAUCAGCCAAUGGUGGACAGUUGUUUUGGCUGGAGUUCAAUAUUGACUACCAAAAUGUAGAACUGUCAAGUUUCUUGAGCACAUGGAAAGCAGAAGCCCUGACAGAAUUUAAUUUGAGGAACAAUGGCAAGAUGGAGUUGGAAGUCUACAAAACUGUCGGAAAAAGACAGAUUCACCUAUUUGUAAAACUAUCAAGCUGCGACCUACUCGACGAUAUAGUCUUCACCCUACCACUCAUCAAAGAAUUAGGCAACCAAAUUGAAAUUCGAUCGAAAUCGAUUACUAAAUUAUAA